AUGGCGGCCCUAGGCUUCUACACAACUGCAACUGAGGCUCUGAGGGGAGCGGACCUGAGUGGGAAGAGCGCGAUCGUCACAGGCCUGGGCGCCGAGACGGUGCGCGUGCUGGCGGGCGCGGGCGCCGACGUCGUCCUCUGCUCCCGCAGCGUGGCCGCGGGCCAGGAGGUGGCCGACGGCAUCGCCGCCGGCCUGGCAGCGGCCCGGGGCGCGGGCGAGGCCGGCGGGGAGGGCGAGGGGCCGCGGGGGCCGGCGCCGGGGCGCAUCACCGUGGCUCCGCUGGACCUCGCUGACCUGCGCAGCGUGCAGGCCUUCUGCCGCCUGCCCGCGGUGGCCUCCCUGCCCGCCAUCCACUUCCUGGUGCUGAAUGCGGGCAUCAUGGGCCUGCCUGCCAAGGCGCUCACCAAGCAGGGCUUUGAGGCGCAGUGGGGCACCAACCACCUGGGCCACCAGUACCUGACCCAGCUGCUGCUGCCAAAGAUGAAGGCGCAGGGCGCCCCCGCCCGCGUGGUGGCCCUCACCUCCUUUGGCCACAACUUCGCCAAGGAGCUGCCGAUGGACGACCUCAGCUGGGAGCGCCGCACCUACUCCGCCUGGCCCGCCUACGGCCAGAGCAAGCUCAGCAACGCGCUGUUCGCCCGGGAGCUGGCGCGCAGGAUGGAGGAGGAGGGUGCGGCGGUCAAGGCCUUUAGCGCCCACCCUGGCCGCCACAUGGCGGGCAAGGGCGCGCUGCAGCGCACAUGGCGGCUGGUGAACGCGGUGCCGGGCCUGGCUGGCCUGCUGGGCAGCAAGACUGUGCCGCAGGGCGCCGCCACCACCAUCUUUGGCUGCGUGGCGCCAGAGCUGGAGGGGCACUCGGGCGAGUACCUGGCUGACUGCCAGAUUGGGAGCACGGCGCGGGGCUACUGGGGCCGCCGCUUCUGCCACCCGUCCAAGCUGGCCCAGGACGGCGACCUGGCGCGGCGGCUGUGGGAGCAGACUGACAAGAUGAUUGGCGAGGCCCUGAAGCGGGAGGCGCAGCAGGAGUAG